GUGGCCCCUUCAGCACAAGCGAUCUAUCAUCGAAGACUCGGACAUGGAACGGACCAUUCUUCAGCUGCUUCUCAUCGGGAUCCUCCUGGCGAACCUGAGCCUGGCGGCCACCGUGAGGCGACCACGCCUGGAUGGCCGCAUUGUGGGUGGCCAGGAGACCAAUAUAAAGGCCAUUCCCUACCAGGUUUCCCUGCAGCGGAGCUAUCACUUCUGUGGCGGUUCUCUGAUCGCCCAGGGUUGGGUUCUCACCGCCGCCCACUGCACUGAAGGGUCCGCCAUACUGCUGUCCAAGGUCCGAAUCGGCUCUUCGCGCACUGCCGACGGCGGAGUGCUGGUGGGGAUCAAGCGAGUCCAUCGGCACCCCAAGUUCGAUGCCUACACCAUAGAUUUUGACUUCUCGCUCCUUGAACUGGAGGAUUACAAUGCGCAGAAUGUGACACAGGCCUUUGUGGGACUGCCCGACCAGGAUGCGGACAUUGCAGAUGGCACUCCUGUACUCGUUUCCGGUUGGGGAAACACGCAAAGCGCCCAGGAGUCCACGGCUGUCCUCCGAGCCGUAACCGUGCCGAAAGUAAGCCAGAGUCAGUGCACGGAGGCCUACGGAAGCUUUGGCAGUAUCACGGAUCGCAUGAUCUGUGCCGGAUUGCCCGAGGGCGGCAAGGACGCCUGCCAAGGUGACUCUGGAGGUCCUCUGGCUGCCGACGGCAUUCUUUGGGGAGUCGUCUCCUGGGGCUACGGAUGCGCCAGGCCCAGCUAUCCGGGCGUCUACUCCCGAGUGGCUUCGGUGCGCAACUGGAUUAGUUCAACAAGUGGUAUUUAAAUAAAUAAUAAACUCUAUUUUCAACUUUAA